AUGAUCUUUUCGGGCCUCACCGUGACCGCCUCGAAAUCCGAGCUCGCCAAAGCCGACCGAGACCUGAUCAGCAGCAUCGUCUCCAACUACGGCGGCCUCUGGCGCGAAGACCACUUUUCCGACGUCAACGUCUUUCUCACCACUUCCAUCUCCAGUACGAAGCUCAACAAGAUCGUCAAUGCUCCAGGCAAGCACACCAUCUGCGCAGCGCCGCAGUGGAUCAGCGAUUCGUGGCGCUUACAGAAGCUGCUACCCUUGGACUCGUAUCAGUUCCUUCCCGGCCAGGACAAGCCGCCGCCUUGCUUUGCCGGUCGCACCGCCAGUGGAUCGCCACUGAGCUCACCCAGGAAGGAUCGUGUAGCCAUGAGCCUAGUCGGAGACAGCAACCGGCCCUCCAUCUUUGACGUACCAAGCAAGUCGAAUGGCGCGGAUCGGGAAAAGAACGUCUUUCGCGGCAAAAGCGUGCUGCUGGCUCGUGAUGUCUGUCGAGCAAGCGAGCAGCAGCUUCGAUCUUUGGAGCAUUUCAUCCGGCUCUCGGGCGGCACUUCCCGGCGGGCACCCAACGACUUGAACGGCAUCGCGCAAGCGGUCCGCAACUCGGAUUUCGUCGUGUGCCGAUAUCGAGAGGUGCAAGAAUUCCGCGAAGCCAUUCGACAGACCAAGCAGGUGGGUAACCUGACCUGGCUGAUCUGGGUCGUAUCCAACGACACGCUCAGCGACCCUAGGGAAGAACCUCUGCAUUUCCCCGUACCUCGGCAAGGUAUUGACGAGUUCAAGCAGGCCAGCAUCACCAUCUCGGGCUACCGCGGCACCACUCGCCAAUAUCUUACCAAGAUGAUCAAACUCAUGGGUGCCAACUUCUCAGGCGCAUUGAGUGCCCGCACGACCAUCUGCGUUGCAGCCAAUCUCGACAGCGAAAAGACGCAAAAGGCCAAGGAAUGGAAGGUGCCCAUCGUCAACCACAAGUAUAUCGUCGACUCGUUCCUCGCCUGGGCGCCCGUGGAACGGGCAAAGCUCAAGUACAUUGAUUUUCCGGAAGGCGUAGAUUACAACGUAGAUGUGGGAGAUACCAGGGUCACGGACGAGAGCUUGGGUCCGUGGAUUGAUGAUGCUUUGAACAAGGACGAGCCGGCCGACAUGCCAACGAGCGAUCCCGCUACGCCGAUGGCGGCCUAUGCAGCGUCUGAGCCGUCGACGGUCGCACAACCCACACGUCCCGUUGAACGAGAAGCACAGCCGACGAGCGAUCUGCCGGAGCCUGUCGCGGUGCAGGCAGACACGACCGGUACAGAGCUGAUGACGUCGCCACCAGCAACACCAUCGCUGCUGCGAGACGGCGAUCGCUCGCGCUUCGACGGCUCCACUACGCUGGACACUUCCUCCGAGAUGCCUAGCUCGCCCUGUCCUUCUCAGUAUGCGAAUGAAAAUGUCGCUACAAGUCCACGCAAGAAUCCGCUCUCGCAGCGAGGCACCAAACGAAGUCGGAUCAUGAUUCUGCAACACAGCCUCCAUCAGCCUACAAGCGAGCAUCUCGAAGCGAGGGCGGUAGAGGACGAACUGGCGCACGCGAAAAAGUCGAGGAGGUCUACGUCUCCGCCGCCGACCCAGCGACGUGACUCGACCACAUCGCCUAGCGAUGACGAGGACACGCGCAGCGAUGCGCCCCUGCGUGUUGCCACGACCAACUACAAGCUCAAGAAGGGCGACGAAGCCAAACUCAAAGCGCUCGGUAUCGAGCUGGUGGACGACAUCGAGCAGGCUCACGUCCUGGUGUCACCGAAACUGUCGCGUUCACCAAAGAUGCUCUACGCGAUUGCUUCCGGUAGCGUUGCGAUUGUCUCGCCGGAAUGGCUGCAAGCAUGUCUCAAAACGAAGGAGUGUCUUGCAGUCGAGCAGUGUCACGAGCUGAUCGAUCAGGAAGGUGAGAAGACGUACGGCAUCGUACUCGCCGAAGUACUGCAGCGUCGUCGCGACGAGUAUCCUCGUGGGAUCUACCACGGGCACAAGUUCUGGUUGGGUCGUGGGGUGGAUGAAAACGGGUCUUUCUCGACGCUGAUCCAUGCCGCAGGGGGAGAGGUGUUGAGCGUACCGUUUGAGGAGGACAAGUUGUUGGGCGAGCCGGAAAGGUAUCAUUUGAUCGUGGAUGAGGAGCAUACCAUCGAGUGGCGUCAUCUGGUUGGUUUGCCGACCAGCGAGGGCGAGCCAAUUAGGUUGUAUAGGAAGCAGUUGAUCACGGAUGGCAUUUUCGAGCAGCAGACGAGGUGGGAGGCGCAUCAGGUGGAUGUGGAUGUUGUCAGCAAGGUUACACCGAUCAAGCGGAGGGGUGGGGUGGCAGUGAAGCGGGCGGGAGGUCGAUGA